UCAACAAGCGUGACCUUCAACUUGGACAUUAGCCCAUUAAAGAAAGAAAAAUAUUCGACAUGGGAAAAUGGGGGAACAAUUAUUUAUCACGUUAUUGUCUCUCUGCUUUGCACCUGUAGUUUCUGUUGUAAUUUUAGUCCUCGUUUUGGCUUCGUUGGGAAAAUCACUUGGAAUUCGACGGCGAUAUGUAAGACUUUUGUUGCAAGUGUUCGAGUUCGGAAAAGAAAAAAUUUCAAGGUAUAAUAAGAAUAAACAGAAUGGGGAUGACUCUGAUGAAGAAGAUGCGAACGAAAACACAAAAACCCUGUGUGAAAACGGAAAUGGGCUAAAUGUAAUUGAGAGAGAUAUAUCAAUAUCAUACAGCAAGGGUAUUAGAAUACAGUCUAUAUCUACUGAUAUUAAUGAUGUUAAAAAAAAAUUUGAUUUGUCAGAUAUUAUGUACUUCGCGAAAUGUGGAGUUGAGACAAUUAUCGAAGAUGAUGUCACACAAAGAUUUUCUGCGGAAGAGUUACCAUCAUGGAAUUUAUUAUCACGAACUAGUUAUGGAUAUCAUUAUAUCAGUUUGAGAUUAACUAUUAUAUGGGGAUUAGGAUUUUUAGCUCGUUAUUUUGUUCUACUUCCAUUCAGACUUAUACUGGCCGUUUUAGGCAUUGGUUGGCUGAUUGUUUGUACAGCUUUUAUUGGUUAUCUGCCUGCAGGAAAAUUCAAGAGAGAAUUAAAUCAGUAUGUUAGUUUAAUGUGUUUCCGGAUUUUAUCCAGAGCUUGUUCAGCCAUCGUCACAUUUCAUAAUAGUGAGAAUAAAGCUAAAAAUGGUAUUUGUGUUGCUAAUCAUACAUCACCUAUAGAUGUUAUUGUUCUGUCCUGUGAUAAUUGCUAUGCUCUGGUUGGCCAAGCACAAGGUGGUUUACUUGGAGUAUUACAGCGUGCCAUGGCCCGUGCUACCGCCCAUAUUUGGUUUGAAAGAUCAGAGGUGAAAGACAGACAUCUUGUCACAAAAAGGUUAAAGGAACAUGUGGAUGAUUUAGAUAAACUUCCAAUGUUAAUAUUUCCUGAGGGUACUUGUAUAAAUAAUACAUCAGUCAUGAUGUUUAAAAAAGGAAGUUUUGAAGUGGGUACAACGAUAUAUCCUGUUGCAAUUAAAUAUGAUCAUCGUUUUGGUGAUGCGUUUUGGAACAGUAGUAAACAAGGAAUGAUUCAACAUUUAUUAAAUAUUAUGACCAGUUGGGCUGUUGUCUGUGAUGUAUGGUAUCUUCCUCCAAUGUCCAAAUUAGAUGGAGAAGAUGCUGUAGAAUUUGCUAAUCGUGUUAAAAGUGAAAUCGCUAGAAAAGGUGGAUUGGUUGAUCUUGAAUGGGAUGGUCAGUUAAAACGAGCUAAAGUAAAAGAUUCAUGGAAGGAAAAACCACAGGAAGAAUACAGUAAAAUGUUGAAAGUGGAUUAAGAUUCAAUCAACUUAAAACCAUUAUUGUUACAUGUACAUAUAGAAAUCUGGUAACCUUUAUUUAGUUGUCGGAACUUACAGAGAUAUGCAUCUGAUUUAAAAGAGAUACCCAUCAAAAGAUUUUACCACAGGCUUCUUUUGAUCAUAUCCAGUUUAUUUCAUCUUUAGAGGAUGAUGAAUGUUUACGCAAUUUCAGUUCUUCAUAUCUUUGUAAAUAUUAACCAUUUUUGCACUGAUAUUUAUUUUGGGAGAUUUAACUUUUACAAUAUUGUAGUUUGUAAGGAAUUAACAAUCACUCAAAUAUCAUUCAGAGACUUUAAAAGAGUCCUCCAAAUGUCAUUCAGAGACUUUAAAAGAGUCCUCCAAAUUCAUUCAGAGACUUUAAAAGAGUCCUCCAAUUGUCAUUCAGAGACUUUAAAAGAGACCUCCAAAUGUCAUUCAGAGACUUUAAAAGAUUAAGAGUCCUCCAAAUGGCAUUCAGAGACUUUAAAAGAUUAAGAGUCCUCCAAAUGACAUUCAGAGACUUUAAAAGAUUAAGAGUCCUCCAAAUGGCAUUCAGAGAAUUUAAAAAGAUUUAAGUGUGAAUAUGAUUUAUGGGCAAUUACUGCAGGAUAACAGGGAUUGAUUGAUCAGUAUUGGACCAGUUAUGUAGAUAUUGUCAAUUAGUUUAAUUACGAAUGACCAGGGAUCUUAUCCAUGAAAAACUUAAACUAAAGUAUUUUAGGAAUUCAGCUCUUCAUUGGCCUAUAUCUAAGAUUUGUACUCUUGGGGUUUAAGUGUGCUGCUUUUUCAUUGGCUAAGAGCUGAAAUUGAUACUAGGAUUUUAAACCUCAACCAAUGAAAUGACUGGAUCUUCAAAAUAUUUUAAGAAUUCUGCCCUUUCAUUGGCUAAGUGAUAAAAUUGAUACUAGGAUUAUAAACCUCAACCAAUGAAAUAACUGGAUCCUUAAAAUAUUUGAAGAAUUCUGCACUUUCAUUGGCUAAGAGCUAAAAUUUUUAUCAGGGUAUUAAACCUCAACCAAUGAAAUGACUGGAUGUUAAAAAUAUUUUAAACAUUCUGCACAUUAAUUGGCCAAGAGCUAAAAUUUGUACCAGGGUAUUAAACCUCAAGCAAUGAAAUGACUGGAUGUUAAAUAUUUUAGUUCAAGAUUUCAUGAACGACCCCAGGUGAUGGUCUCGUGUAUUAUUAAUCUGAUCAUAUUUAGAAUUCAACUUUCAACUGACGCUCCGUGAUAAUUUUUUUAUGUGAUUUUAUUGAGGCAUCGACCAUUUCAGUGACUGGUCUGAAAUCCUGAAAUAUACCUAGUCAUUUUAUUAAUUAAUAAAUUUUUUUUUUAUUAUUAUUGAACACUUUUUGAUUCGCACAAAUGUUCUAUGUUUUACUUUUGGUUAUCGCAAUUAUCGUCCUGUAAUUAAAUGUAUUGUCAGAUGUUACUGAUGUCUGUCUGUUGAAUUCUAAGUUGUGUAUGGUACCUAAAAUUUGAGAAGAAAAAAAGUCGAUGCAACUUCUUUGUUCAUGUCUGUUUAACCUCUGGUUUUCCCCGCACAGCUAAAGACCCCUAUGCACAUGCUAAUUAUUGAAAUAAAGUUGAACUAUAUGUUAGUCGCUAAGCGACCUAGUUUGUGUUGAGUUGACGUUUAACCCUAUUUUUCUCCCUCUUUCUCUCUCUCUGCACGUUGUUGGACAAUGUUUGCAAUGUGUCAAAGAAAUAUGUGCAAUGUGUUGCAUUGAAUUUAAAUUUUUUAGGCUUCAGUACAUUGACAGUUUGAUUACCUGGACAUAAACUCUGAAAGAAGUUAGGAUGAUGUCCAUAUUGGGCCUAGGACAAUUCCUUAAAUAGUUUAAGCUUGAUUAAAUAUUAAGGUGAUAUUCCCCAUGCAACCAACUUGACAAGACUGUAUAGUAGACGUAGAGUAGUUUUAAUCCAGGAUGCGUUUCGGGCGCUUGUCCUUUAUCAACUGGUCACAAAAAUAAUCCUGUUAUCGAGUAUAUAUAUAGACAAUAGAAUUAUUGCACAUGUGCAUAACAUUAGGGAUUAAUAAUACCUACACUGGGAUUAUAAAAAAAAUGUAGACAAAUUAAAAAUAUAUGAAUUUGAAAAUAAUUAUGAAUAUAUAAAAAAAAAAUGGAUGUACAGAAAAUAUAAUUGAUAGUUUCAUUCCCUGGACAAAACCCCUCAAGAAUGUCAUGAUGUUUAGGUAACAAAGUUCGUUCAAAGAGAGGAGCGGGGUGAGGUUGGUUGGCUUUAGGUCUUAAGGUCUGUCAUUGAGUUAAAUGACAUGGCUUUGAUUCUCAGCUUGUCCGUUACAAGGAGUAGGGUCGCCUGUCCAUCCCUGUGGCAUUUCUCCAGGUCCUACUGUUUACUUCCCUAAUUUAAACAAUUUUUUUCACUCAUUUGCUUGAUAAGAGACGAGAGUACCCUGUUGCAUGUCAAUAGUUUUUUGUGUGUUAUUGUUCAAUUACUAAAUACAACUUUUAAUUGUGAAUUGUGGGUGAAUGUGAAUUUAUUGAAAUGAAUAAAAUUUAAGAAUGAUUGAAUAUUAGUUAAUUAAAUGUUUAGUUUAUUUUUGGUUUUAUGGAAUUCUCAUUCCUGUCCAGUUAAACAAACUUGCGUUCCAUUUUACUUUUGCAGAAAUUUUUUUUUUGUUAUUAAAUUUAAACUUUUUAAUAAUUUGACCUAUUUGUAUUUCUAAUGUAUCAUUUUUUUUUUUUAUGUCUUUGAAUUUAAUUGUUGUCAUGUGUUGUAAUACUGGUAGGAAUGGAAUCCAUUAAAGAAUGAUCUCAAAUUAAAAUAUCUCUUGACAGCUGGAAAUUCCAAACAUUUCCUCAUAGUAGAGAAAUUUGUGAUGUUUGACGUUGGAAAUCGAGGGAAAGAUGUUGAAAUUCCUUAAUCCUGGCAAAAUUCUUCUCUCAACUCAUUGUGAACAUAACCCUAGAAAUCUGUAUAACCAAAUAUUACGUGGUUUUUUUUCAAUAUUAUUAAAUAUUAGUUUAAACCAUAACUGAGUUCUUUCAAUAUUACCAAAUAUUAGUUUAAACAAUCACCAAGUUCUGACAAUAUUACCAAAUAUUAGUUUAAACAAUAACCGAGUUCUGUCAAUAUGAGUAAAUAUUAGUUUAAACAAUAUACUUCGGUUCUGUCAAUAUUACUAAAUAUUAAUUUAAACAUUAACUGGGUUCUGUCAAUAUGACUAAAUAUUAGUUUAAACAAUAUACUCGGGUUCUGAGAAUAUGAGUAAAUAUUAGUUUAAACAUUAACUGGGUUCUGUGAAUAUUACCAAAUAUUAGUUUAAACAAUAAUCCAAGUUCUGUCAAUAUGACUAAAUAUUAGUUUAAACAUUAACUGAGUUCUGUCAAUAUGAGUAAAUAUUAGUUUAAACAAUAAUGGGUUUUGUCAAUAUUGCUAAUAACCGAGUUCUGUCAAUAUCACUAAAUAUUAGUUUUAACAAUAACCAAGUUCUGUCAAUAUUACUAAAUAAUAGUUUAAACAAUAACUGUUCCUGCCAUAGUUUAUAUGAUUGGUUCUGUUGUGAGUGGUUUACUGGUAAUGUUAUUAUUCUAUAGGUUGUAUGUAAUUAAAUAACCCAACAAACUUAUUUAUCAGAAGUAAAUAAAUAUGUCAAAAAUUUGGCAAGCUGGCCAAAUUUUGAAGUUAAAGGUCUGGUUUGUGAUUGCCAGUUUCUGAAGGUCAAAUAGGACCUCAUGCUCUCGUUGAAUUACAAGAGCUAAAACCUUUUUUUUUUACUUAGAAGAUUUGAGUAAAUUUUACUGUUAGGAUGUAUACCAUUGUAUCAUUUUAGAUGUUUAUAGAAAUCAAAUGAAGGAUAGUCUUUAUGAUCAGAUUGUAUUUUUGUAAUGAAGGUUUAGACAAUAAAAUUUGUUUUUUUUUGUGUUA